CCCGGUUCGUGUCCCCGUCCCCGUCCCUGUCCAUGUCGCGGGCGGGGAACGAUGGCAUCGCCGCGCUGGAGCGGGCCGGGGCGGAGGCGAUGAAGCGGGCGGUGCAGCUGGACGUGGCGUCCCGGUUCCAGGAGUCGCUGGUGUGUUACCAGGAGGGCAUCGACCUCCUGCUGCAGGUGGUGAAAGCCACCACCGAUGAGGCCAAAAAGCUCCGCUACCGGCAGAAGAUAUCCGAGUACAUGACCAGAGCCGAGGACAUUAAAGAACACAUUAAGAGACAAGAUGGCAAAUACCAUAAGCAAAUCAGGAUAGAGGAAAAUGCAACAGGUUUUGGUUAUGAAAAGCUUUUCCACGAGUACCUCACUGAGAGUGUUUCUGAAGUUUGGGUGCAGGACCCCUACAUUCGGCAGGUUCAUCAGUUGUAUAACUUCCUACGAUUCUGCGAGAUGCUAGUUAAGGGGCCGUGCAAGGUGAAAACAAUCCACCUCCUCACUUCCUAUGAUGAGGGUGGUGGGAGGAGCCAGCAGAUGACUGCCUUGGAAGAAAUAAAACAGUCAUUGAGUAAUUAUGGAGUAACACUGAGUAUUGACUUCUCGUCUUCAAUACAUGAUCGAGAAAUCAGAUUCGACAAUGGCUGGAUAAUUAAGAUUGGAAGGGGUCUUGAUUAUUUUAAGAAGCCACGGGGUUGUUUCAGCAUUGGAUACUGUGACUUUGACUUGAGACCUUGUCGUGAAACAACAGUGGAUGUCUUUCAUGCUAAGCACACAAAGAAAAUGUGAUCAGAAAUGUCUGCUUUUAAUAAGUGUUUUCAUAAGCAUAAAAAUGUAAGACUGAAAGAUGUUGCUUGAGUCCAGCUGGUUGCCCACAGAAGCAACUCUUCUAAGUAUUUAGUGCAGCACAGCUUUUAUAAUCUGUGUGUUUUAGAAUGUUUGUUUUCCAGUCUGAGAAAACAAAACUGCAUGAUUCCUUCAUUGGACUUCUUCUGUAAUCUUCAGACAUGGAUCUUACAAUCCAUGUCUAAAUUUUAUCUUGAUUUUGUAACAGACCCUCAGUAGUGUCUUUCAAAAGCCUCUUUACUGCCAUUUGUAUUUUUAUUGCUGAUUUCAUCUUGAGCCUGUUUUGGAUUUUUUGUCUUUAACUGAUCACCUCAAAAUCAUUGGAAGCUGGGCUGACACAUGUCCUCUUUUAUAAGCAGUCUUAUUUAUUUCCUUUAAUUCCUGUAUUGUAGUCAUGACUACUAUUUUGCUGGGUUUUUGUCAUUCCUGUAAUACUUUAUUUCCCAGACUUUACUAGUAAUCCCAAUUUUCACAUUCCAUUUUCCAAACUCUUUGCCUAGGAAUGUGGUAGUGUUCAGUACACAGUCAUUUUAGGGUUGUUUUAUUUGCAAACAGCUGCAAUCUUCCUUGGCACUCCUGUGUGUUCUUUUAUUCCAUGAUACAUGACCACAUCCAUCCUUUGCAUUAAGUGUGGAAAGGAUGUAUGAUCCUCUCCCAGUCCUACUCUCUGCCUUUCAAGCCCAAAGACUGGCUUUUCAUGCCACUCUCAACUUCAGUAUUUUGCUACUACUAAGGUAGUCCCCUAAAAUGAAUAAAUGUAAGUUUUGUCAGAAGUUGGGUGCCCUGAGUAUCUCAGUUGGUCAGAGCAUGGUGUGAGUGAUGCCAAGGUUAUGUGUUUUAUCCCUGUAAGGGCCAUUCACUUAAGAGCUGGACUUGAUUCUUGUGGGUCCUUGCAACUCAAAAUAUUCUGCAAUUCUAAGCAAUAUGCUAUUUAGAAUAAAGACAAAAGUCUUCCCUUGUCAUUCCUGCAGCCUUUGGAAACCAGAAGGUAUUACCAGAGGUACUGCUUUUUAAAUUUUUUUUUUAGUCUUAUACAAGAGUUCUGUUAGCAAGGAUCUGCCUAAGUCAUACAGUCUGACAUAAAAAACAGGCAGUGGCCUCUUUUUCAGGUCCCAUGAAAAACUUUUCAGCCUCAGGACUGACACGUGCCUUACACUUUCUGCCUUGUAACACAAUAGGCCUCUGUGUUCUAGUAUCAUGUUUAUUGUGAGAACUUUUUUUAUUUCCUAUAUUUAUUUUUCCUGAUGGUUGUUGUAUUCCAUUAUCUUUUUUUUUUCCCUUAAUGUACUUUAUUUUCAUCUUCUGCCAUCUAAUGAAUGCUGCUAUUCUUUUCCUCUUAUUUCUAAAUCUAAAUAGAUUUCUAACAAAAAAUCUGUUCCACAACAAUCAAUAAGAAAUGGAGCUGGUCUUUGCCUUGUUUUCUGGGUCACAAUUUGCCAGUGGUGUGCAUUCUUUAUCCUUUCUCAUAAUAAUGUUUCAGCUUUGCACUGCUGCAUCAGCAAAAUGAAUAAGCCACAGAGCUGUAUGCUAUUAGUCAUUCCCCCAAACAUUCCAUAGGAGCUCCCUGGUUUGCUGCUGUGAUAAAAAGUUUCUAGUCACUUGUGAAUUUUAUUCAGUUGUGUAUAAUAUAUGCCUAUUUUUAAUGGGAAUAAAGGUUAUUUUUUAUUAUUUGUA